AUGGACGCCGCUGCGCAGAACCUCCUCAACCAGCAUGAGUUCCUGGAGGUCGUUGAGUCAGGCGAGGGCGACAACAAACGCGUGCGCGUCAAGUGCCAACUGACGCAGCAUGAAAUGCUUCCGCGUGUCGACAUCAUCGAGCAGCACCUCAAGUCCAAGAAGUUCGUCAAGGCUCGCGACUGGUAUUGCCACGACUACUCACAGUACGAGCCGUACAUUGUGCCGCACCGCAGGCUGCCGAAGAGUUUGUACUGCAACGUCACGGGCACCAUCCUGAACCGCAUUCCGUCCGAGGUUGAGAAGCACAUACAGGGCAAGCGCUAUAAGCGCAUGAAGCAGCACGUUAAGAUUAAAGUCACCAAGAGCGAAGACGACGACGAAUUGCAGGGCAAUGGGGGCUUUGACGCCGACGCUUUCGAGUUUGAGAACAGCCAGGACGAUUUGGCUGACUUGUACCCCGAUGACGAGUCUGACGAGGAGGAGACAAAAGAAAACGACGGUGACGAGGCGAUGGAGGAAGAGAAGCCCAAGAAGAAACGCUCUGCCAACGGCAACGCAGUCACCAAGAAGACCCGGCACCAUACAAAGAGAGCCAAGAAAACGGUCUAA